AUGGAGGAGCGGACAGAAGACUCGUUAGUAAGGGAUAAUAAUCGGCAAUGGACACUGAGCAACCGUGUCGAGGCCGAAGGCCUAGAAUGGCUCUACACAGAUCCUUCAGCAGGAAAACAAAGUGCUAAUCAGCUGGAGGAGUACCUCCUAGGAAAAAGCAUCGAAGGCGCGCGUGGAGAACUUGGACGUGAGACUAUCGAUCAAACGGCAGCUGGGUCGCUGCUGGCCGAUGUUUCAGGAGGACAGGCAGUUGACGAUACGUUGAGCAAGUUUAGAGAGGACCCGCUAUUCGUCAUCAAGAAGAUAGAGAUGCACCAACGCCAGGUGCUGCAAAAAUAUGAAAGCCUCGCAAAGAUUAACCAUAAAGAAAAUGCAUCGACACCGUCUAAACAGUCAAGUGAAUCAAGAAAAAGGCCAGAUGAACAGAUACGAAGACGGAGCAAGGAAUAUAGGGGCCGUGAGAGCCAUGGAGGAGGGCGUCAUUCCACCAGGAGGAGCAUAUCUCAUGAUCGCAUCAAACACGGAUAUCACGAAAGGCACAGCCCACGCAAUCCAACGAGAAUAGAUCGCAAAAGGCAUCAUGAAUACCGUGAUAGAAGGAGCUUCUCCAGCGGAGAGGAUUACCAUUAUCAGCGCGGGUAUCGGGAUCGACGUGAUAGAGACAUUAGUGAAAGGGGUGACUGCAGGCGGAAUCAGCAUUCAAAACGGGGUAGAGAGUAUAUUAGAGCCAGUAUUUCACAUGAAAGGUUGGGAUAUUACAACCGCCACCGCUAUAGCCGUGACAGCAACGACAGCGCUGUAGGCAGGGACGGUAUAAUGGCACGUCGGAGAUCACACAGACGACACCACUCCAACAGUAGCCAAAGAUACGCUGAGAGUUAUUCAAGUGACCGGGGUAGCUACGGUAGACGAAGGCGGUACCAUAGGCGACGUGUGCGUAGGUCCCCAAGCGGCAGUAGUGAAGAUAAUGCAAACCUUCGACGCGGUAGACAUAGACGUAGUCUAUCGCACAGAACCAGUCGAAGUAUAAGUAAUAGUUAUGUUAGCAAGAAAAAUGACCGCCGGGCACGGGGCUCCCACGGUUCGCGGAGUAUUGAAGCUGAUGUACCUGCCAGAGUCUCGGAUAAUUUACAUAAAGAACCUACUGCAAAGCGUAAGCUUGGCCCUCAGGUGCCGCGAAAAUGCGACCCCCUGAAAUACGCCUUCGGAGUUACCGAAGACAUCAUGCCGCCACAGGCAAUACAGGACCGCGCCGAACAACGUAGGCGUGAAAUGGAGGAGCGUAAGAAGCUACAGCAGAGCCUGUUUGCCCCGAGCGACACACAAGAUCGCUUAGAGGAGAUGCAGUCACACGGGGAAGUACAUCUAAAGGAACGACUUCAACAGAUGGAGGAACACGAACGCAGGGUACAGACCGACGAAGUAGAGGACAGCCGCACAGGCAAAGAUUAUAUAUCGGCUGUCAAACAACAUGCUUUCGAGUCUGUUAAAAUGGCAGAACGGAUCCGGCAACGAGCGCCUAAGACCCUCGUAGAGGAUCAGUAA